AUGCUUAGCCGUAUGAUUGAAGAAGUCGGAGAGCAAUAUGUGGUUCAAGUCGUAACAGACAAUGCGUCAAACUAUGUCAAAGCAGGAACAUUACUAAUGGCUGAACGGAAGCAUCUUUAUUGGACUCCAUGCGACGCGCAUUGCAUUGAUUUGAUGUUGGAGGAUAUUGGAAAACUUCCAUUGCUUCAUACAAUAAAAAGGAAUCGAUUAGUCCAAAGUCGAUUGAGUGACAUGGUUUUUGUCAAAUAUAAUCGUUUUUUGCAAAGACGGAAAGAGAAAAAAGUAACCGGUGAUUCUUUUGUUUUGGAAGAGAUUGAUGAUAACAAUGAGUGGCUACUUGGGGAAAUGGAUGGAGAUUCAGAAGAAGAAAAUGAUGAUCUUGUGUUUGAAAAUGAUGAUUUGACAUGGAACAUGGUUAGUCAAGUUUCGGGAGCUGAGGAGCCUAGUUAUCGUAUAAGGGCAGCAACAACAAGUGCUAAUACGGAUAAAGGGAAAGGAAAAGGAAUUGAAAGUAGUUCCACUCGUGGGUAA